AUGCCAGCUCCUAAUCACUUCAAAUAUCCUUACAUUGAAGACGAUGACACGGAGGACGACUAUGAUGCGCCUGGUGAACCCGACAGCUCCUACGUGCUCUCUGCAAAUGAGAGCUUCCUGAGUGAUCAACAGGACCGUGAAGAGGUGCCACCCCAGAAAGAGGGCAAGUACAUUGUUUUUGAGGGGCAGCUCCUGGAGCUCUUCCGGGUGUGCCACACGUGUCUUGCCCUUUGCCGCAACACCACUGUAGUGAAAGGCAGUCUGCUGACAGUGACAAGCACCUGUGAGAACAAGCACAUGAGAAAGUGGAGGAGUCAACCGAUGCUGGGGGGCAAAGGAGCAGGAAAUGUUCUCUUUUGUGCCGGCAUUCUCUUUUCAGGUGCCCAGGUCGCGACUACCUUCAGGGUGCUCGAGUCACUUAACAUUGCGAUGAUCACGGAGCGCAUGUACUACUACUACCAGAGUGGUUACCUGCUGCCUGUGGUGAAGCAGGUGUACGAACGACGCAACAGCGAGCUCUUGGAAGAACUACGAGGCAAGAACCUUGAUCUGGCUGGCGAUGGCCGCUGCGACUCUCCGGGGUUCUGCGCCAAGUACUGCACAUACACCUUCCAUGAGGCAAGCACCAAGAAGCUGAUCCACAUUGAGCAAGUGCAAGUUCGUGAGACAGCUGAAGUGCCCUCGAGCAACGCCAUGGAGAAGGUGGCCUUCCUCCGCGGCCUUGCCAAGCUCAAGGAUCAAGGCUUCACCAUUGCCUCUUUCAUGUCAGACCGCCACCCAGGUGUGGAGUGCCACAUGAGGACCAUGGAGAGUGGCACAAAGCACUACUUCGACACGUGGCACAUCUCCAAAGGCGUGAAGAAGCUCCUCGCAGCAAGCCGGAGUGGCCCUUGCAAGGAUCUGGAGGUGUGGGUGCAGCCGGUAAACAACCACCUGUACCACUGUGCUGCACUGCGGGAAGGAAAUGGCCCACUCAUGGUAAGCAUGUGGAUGAGCCUCCUCAACCACGUGGUCAACACGCAUGACGGCCACGACGGACCCUACCACGAGUGCCUGCACCAGCCGCUCUCCGAUCGCGCUUGGCUAGCUGUCGGUACACCAGCUUACGAAAAGCUCAGGAGUAUCGUUGCAAGCCCGCGGCUUCUCAAGGAUAUCCAGCACCUGUCCCCCGGAACUCAGACGUACUACGUGGAAGCCUUCAACAGCCUGCUGCUAGGGUUCGCCUCCAAAUCUCGGGUUUUUUCACCAGAAGGGAUGGAAGCAAGGACCUUGGUGGCUGUGCUUCAUUUCAACGAAAAUGUCGGGCGUGAGCAAGCCACAACCAGGGAAGGGGAGCUUUGCUUCAAGAUCGCAACACCCAGAUCACGGAAGGGCCACUCAACGGCACGCCCGAAGCCAGCCGACGCAACUUUUCAGUACCGUGAUGAGCUCCUGGACGAGUUAAUGGUCUGCCUGGGGAAAUGGCCCACCUUGAAGGAGGCCGUCGCUGCGAAUCCACCGGAACAUCCGCCGCCCAUGUGUGCCAGCUAUCCAAGGCCCCCCAAGAGCGAGCUGAUCGUGGCAAGACGAACCCGGUUUGCCUCUCAUGCCGGAUCAUCUCAGAAGCUCAUCUGAACCACCUACGGCACUCUCUUCACUGCAACCAGUUACUUGUUUAUGGCAUAAGGUAUGCUACGGAUGAAGCAGAUUUUCUUUUUCCUGCAAGUUGCAUGAGUGUAUUGUCUGUCUGUGUAACAUGUUUUCACUGAAGUAGAGGA